AGCAGUUGGAUCGAUCUCUAACUGAGUCCUAAAGUUCGAGCCAUAAACAGCCAUGGAGUUUACCAGACGGUACCUGCCCAUGGAAUGGGAGGAACGGUGGAGGAAAGAGAAGGAAAGGAGAAGGGUGAUUGAGGAAGGAGGAGAAGAGGUAGAAGCAGACGAUCGAAAGCUGAGGUGGAUUGUGGCCUACAACAACAACCGGAUGGGCGUGAUGAGGAGAAAGGAAAAAGAGGGAGCAAGGGUCAAGAAGAGGAACAACAGUACGGCAAGCCAGGGAGAAGAGGAAGAAGAAGGGGAAGUGUCAGAGAGGAGUGAAGGACUGGGAGAUGAAGAGAAGGUUCGUACAUUCUACAGACAUACCUAUCCUAAAGAGGUCUUCCAGGGUCUGGAGCAGCUCAGGGACUCCUCUCUCCUCACUGACCUGACUCUGAGCACUGAGGAUGGGCAGCGUCUCUAUGCACACUCCCCUGUCCUGGCUGCUGUGAGCACCCUUGUCCACCAGAGACUGCAAGAGAGGGAUGAAGAGAUGGAGAAGAGGAAGGGGAGGAGAGAUGUUGACAUGGACAUAAAGACAGAGAUAUUCAUCAGUCUGGGUCAUGAGGUGGGGCUUGUGGGGCUGGCAGGGAUGGUGGAGUUUGCCUACACUGGGGGAUUAGCAGCUCUGAACAGACACACACUGGCCCAGAUACAGACUGCAGCUACAACACUAGGGGUCCCCAGAGUUCUAGAACUCUGCAGUGAAGAGAAGGAGAAGAUGAAGAAGGGAGUAGAGAAGAGGGCAGGAGAGAAGAAGAUCUCUGCUGAAGAACAGAUGAAGGUCAGUCUUCAGUCCAUCAGAGAGCUGUGGGCAGAGAGAGUGGGCUGUGAUGUGGAGCUGGAGGUUGGAGGAACGUCAUUCCAUGUCCACAGAGUGCUCCUGGCUGCCAGUAGUGAUUACUUCCGGGGAAUGUUUACCAGCGGGAUGAGGGAAUCACAGCAGCCCUGUGUGGCCCUUCCCUUCCUGGAAGCCUCUGAGCUUGAGACCCUGAUUGGCUGUUCCUACAGCGGGUCCCUCUCCCUCAGCUGGGGGUGUGUUUUUGAGAUCACCUGCACAGCCCUGCAGCUCCAGUUCCAGCCCACCCUCUCGAUGUGCCUCGAUUUCCUGGAACAGGAAAUGGAUGCCCACUCAUGUCUGGACGUGGCCUCCUUCGCCCUGGCGUAUGGGAUGCUGGAACUCCUCGAGGCGGCCGAGGACUUUGUUCUGAGGAACUUCCAAGAAGUGUCUACCAGCCUGAAAUUCCUGGACCUUCCGGCUGAUAAACUGCUGGAUUUUCUCCACUCUGACGGCCUCUGCGCGCCCUCAGAGCUAGCCGUGUUCAGGGCCGUGGUGGUCUGGGUAGAGGCCGAUCCAGCGGAGAGGCUAGCCCAGGCCCAGGAGCUGAUGACAGGAGUCCGCUUCCCGCUCAUGACCUUUAAGGAGUUCAGAGAGGUCAGGGCAAUCAACCUGCGCAUGGAGUGCAGCAGCGACACAGAGGUGGAUCUGUACGGCUCAGCCCUCAAAGAGUUUGGCUUCAGUCUUCCCGAGACACAGGACCAGUGCCGGGUCCGACGGCCAAAAGACGCCCUGGUUCUGGUCGGAGGCGACCAGCUGGAUCCUGACUUGGGGAAACGGCUUCCCAGCAGGCAGCUGUGGUUCGCUAACUCCCUCCGCACCGGAACAGGCCUGGUGAAGGCCAUGGACUGGAGGAUUCUGGGAGAGAUACCAGAGAAGCCCAGGUUUAGACACGGGGUGGGGGUGAUGGAGGGGCGGCUGUACGUGCUUGGAGGGUGUGAGUUCUACACAAAGACUGAUACGCUGAAAUCGGUAUACAGGUAUGACCCAAUGCAGGACAGCUGGCAGAGGUUGGCUGACAUGCAGGAGUACAGAAGUAACUUUUCGGUGGUGGUGCGGGGUGAUCGUCUCUACGCCAUCGGAGGAGACAUGGACAUGAAUACCAACCUGGACAGUGUGGAGGACUACAGCCCCGUAUCUGACACAUGGAGCUAUGCCAAGCCUCUGGACCAGGCCCUGAGUGGCCAUGCUGCCACAUUGUUGGAUGGAGAGAUCUUCAUCUCAGGGGGGUUUGACUGCAGGUACCAGUGUCUGACGUCCAUGUUCCUGUACCACCCUGAGAGAGGAACUACCUACCGGGCAGAGAUGAGCCAGGAUCGGGCCCAGCACUGUAUGGAGGUCCUGCAUCAUGGUGGUGGUGGUCUCUGUGUGGUUGGAGGGGUGUGUAACCUACGUACGUUCUACACCGACCAGCUGGCCUGUGAGGUCUACGACACCGUUACUGACUCCUGGAGUGCCCUCACGCCACUGGCCGUCUCCCAUGUUGGAGCAGCCUCUGUGGUUCUGGAGGGGAAGCUCUAUGUGCUGGGAGGAUACUGCCAAGAGGACUACAGGGAGACCAGACUGGUUCACCGAUAUGAACCCAUUACCCAACGUUGGGAGAAUAUGGGCAAGAUGCCCGGGCCUAACACUGACAUAAGAGCCUGUUUGCUCCGCCUACCCGCCCACUUGAGACAAUGAGAGAGGGAACUUUCGAGAGUGAUGAAGUUCCACAUUACAUUGAAGUUGUUUUAUGAACUGAAAAACACUUAAAGAGGCAGGACUAUUUUAAUGCUCCACCUGCUUGCCCACUUGAGACAAUAAAACAAUGAGAGAGGGAGGGUCACAUGGUGAGAAAGAGGGCUGGGGUUGCCAUAUAUAAAAUAAAAUAAAUAAGACUGUAAAACACAGAGAAAGAGCUAUGCUGGCAUUUGUGAAUCUACAGGUGCGAAAAAAACAUAUUGUAUGCCAGAAAUCAUAGCCUAAUUCUUUAUGUCAUUGAUAUAUUGUUUUGAUUGAAAAACAGCCAAUUCCAUUCGUAUUUGGAAUAAUCCCUUUUUACCUCAGGUGUUUAAUGACAGCACCUUAAAGUCCUGGUUCCAAAGUGGCAUCAUGAAUUUUUAACAUACUAUGAUGGAUAUCUACUGUCACACAGUCAAUUACAAUAAAUAUUUGGAUUAAUCCAGGCCGAUUUCUUUAAGUUCCUACAACUCCGAAAUCUUAUUUAAUCACUUCAACAGAAUCUGGAUGAACCUAAUGUAACGGCAGCCUUCCUCCUCUUCACGAGAAGAGAAGGUGUAGCAAGGAUCGGACCAACACGCAGCGUAGCCAGUGCUCAACAUGUUUAAUACAAAACUGUGAACACUUACAAUUACAAAAUAACAAAAUGUGGCAAACCGAUACAGUCCUAGCUGGUGCAGAGAAAACACAGAGACAGGAAACAACCACCCACAAUCCCCAACACAAAACAAGCCACCUAAAUAUGAUUCCCAAUCAGAGACAACACAAAACACCUGCCUCUGAUUGGGAACCAUAUUAGGCCAAACAUAGAAACAGACAAACUAGACACACAACAUAGAAUGCCCACCCAGCUCACUUCCUGACCAACACUAAAACAAGUAAAACACACAAGAACUAUGGUCAGAACGUGACACCUUAGGCAUCUAGCGUAGAAGAAAUACUGAAAGAAGCUGCUAGGCCAAAUAAAUUGAUUGCCUGUGAUAAACUGACACCAUUUUGGGGUCAUGUACUGUAUGUCCUAUUUCCUUGUCACUGGGAAUGUAUAUCCCUCCAUCUCCACGGGUCUAUCUGUUGGGAUAUGUAAAUAUUUGUGAUUCAUCUCAGAGAAAGCUAUGUUGUCAUGGUCUGUAUAGCCAUCAAUUGAAAAGCCUCAUAUUCACCAUUAAUAGCAAACUGGAGGACUGAACUAUCUAGCUGCAUACUGUACCUUAAGAUUUUAUAUAUUAUAAAAUUAAAUAAAAAAAACAGAAGUGUUUGAAGAAAUUUGGUAACCAUAUGUUGAUCACUUUGGGGAUGUGUUGUGUAGUGGGCAUUUUGUUUUGCAAAGUGUUGUUUGUCGGGUGCUGUGAAUAUUUUUUUUUUUUUACUGUUUGUAGAAAACAAAAGAAAAAUGAAUGCAUGUUUGUUGAUAGUAUUACAUAACUUAUGACCUCCUUACAAAGAGUGUUAUUUGUUUCAUGAAAUGAUUGGACACACUGUCACACCCUGACCUUGGAGAUUUUUUUAUGUCUCUAUUUUGGUUGGUCAGGGCGUGAGUUUGGGUGGGUAUUCUAUGUCUGGUGUUCUAUGUUGUCCUUGUUUUGUAUUUCUAUGUGUUUGGCCUGGUGUGGUUCCCAAUCAGAGGCAGAUGUCUAUCAUUGUCUCUGAUUGAGAACCAUACUUAGGUAGCCUGUUCCCACCUAUGUUGGUGGGUAGUUCUUUUCUGUUUUGUGUAUUGCACCUUGCAGAACUGUUCGU